AAACUGUAUGCUAAUCUUCUCCAUAAUUUAGGACAGCGAUCUUUAAAUAUUUAUGUUUUUUUGGGCUACUUGAAAACCAUAAACAUCUUUUCUGCACACACCUUUGUCAUUCAGUCAGAAUGUCCCAUAGCUGUCGUCUGCUUUGUGGUUUUUUAAUGAGCUGCAUCGGCUGGACUGGUAUUAUAAUAGCGACCUCAACCAACGACUGGGUGGUGACCUGUAAAUACGGCAUGCACACCUGCAGGAAGAUGGAUGAACUGGAGACUAAGGGCUUGUGGACAGAGUGCGUAAUCUCUACUGCUCUUUAUCACUGCAUCUCACUCAACCAGAUCCUCGAUAUACCAGCUUACAUCCAGACGUCUCGCGCUCUGAUGGUCUCCGCCUCUCUCCUCGGUCUGCCGGCUCUAGCGCUCGUGCUGUUGGCGAUGCCAUGCGUCAAACUGAGCCAAGAGACCGAAGACACCAAACACAGACGAGCAGUCCUGGGAGGACUUUUUAUACUGUUCAUAUCUCUGUGUGGGAUGGUGUCGACGGUGUGGUUCCCCAUCGGAGUGCUUCACGAGGACGGCCUGAUGUCGUUCGGAUUCUCCCUGUAUGCCGGCUGGGCCGGUUCAGCCCUUUGUUUUUUUGGCAGCUCGGUGAUGAUUUGUUGCUCAAGGGGCGACGGUCCAAGUCAAAAUCCUGAAAACCGCUACUACUACUCGAAACACAGCGGAGUUACCAACUCCGGCCCUCCCAUUAACAGCCAUGCCAAGAGCGCACAUGUGUGAGGGUGAAGACACACCGACUCCUUACCUCAAGAUCCGAACACGCACCGAUCGAAUAUGUAAAGAAUUUGAUUUCCGCUGCCACGGUUUGACUGCAAACACGUGAAGAUUUGGCGGGCACAGAGAAUUAAGUGAAAACUGUUCUCUAAAACUCGCAGACGUUAAAGGCUUUGUUUGAACAGACACUGAAAAGAAUUGGAAGGGAAGCAGUUCUCGAUUCUCUAGGCAUGUGUUUUGUAUUUUUUCAUGGACGUUUGUGAGUCAAAGCAUUUACACAGUAUUCAUUUUGCUCCUAUAUUUUUCCAGUGACUUUAUUUGAACUUUUUACUCUCGUAAAGUGGUGCAUAUAAGCUUAUUAGUUUCAGCAUUUAGGAAAGCAUGUACACCCAGACAGACAGAUACACAGACGGACAGGAAACAUGUGUGUUUAAAUGGCCAGAUGUCAUCUGCACCGUUUUCCUGAUCUCCUCGCAGCUUCCUGCACACAACCUCCUAGGAAAUCAGCAUAUGACAUUUGAGAAAAAAAUGUCUUUAAGAGGAAAACCGGUCAUUUUUUGUGUUUUUCAUGUGAUUGAUGAUUGGCAUACCGUCCACAGUUAUGCAUAUUACUUAACAUACUCCAAUGUUACACAAAUGUAAAGCGCCUAAAUCGAAAACAUGAACACGAAAAUACUGUUGUAGCUGACGACACAAAAAAAGACACCAUUUGUGCUUGUAAAAUAUAUUAUUUUUAAUAUUCCGUUUUAAAUAUAUUUGUAUAUUCUUUUCAAACGUCUAACUCUUGAUCUCUGUGUAUAUAAAUGUGUUCUGAAUCGAAAUGAUUUUACGCACAUAGCUGCAGGGAAGAAAUGUAAAUAUCCUCGGCGCAAACCUAAACAAGGGUGAAACCGCAAGAGCAAGACAUUUCUACAAACCAACACAGAAAGAAUUUGAUAUCAAUGUCGCAAAAUAUUUUGAGAACUAUUAAGCUUUCACAGGGAGCCAAUCAUAAUAUUUCCCCUUGAAAUUCAAGGGAGAGCUUGAGAUUUUAGAUCAAACACAGCUGUGGAGAUGAUGUAAGGUGAAAAGUCCACUUGAGGCUUUCUGCUCAUGUAGUGACGACUUGCAUCGGUUUUUGCUUUAAAGAGUCAUCCUGAGUAUAUGUAUGAAAAAGACAAAAGCACUGCUUUUAUGAUCUAAGUAUAACGAAAAGGUGAAUUUAAAACCAACACUGAAACAGCAGCUCACAUGAGAAAGAAAUACUAAUUACGUUCAUUAUCUAAAUAAGCAUAUUUGAUUUUAGUGACAUUAAGAAGAGGCUAUUUAAAGGCACUUAUGAAGCCUCAAUUAAAAAACAAAAAAAAAACUGGUCUAAACAUCCCUCUAGAUAACUGCUUAUCUGUCACAAGGUGCAAAUGCAUUUUAACAGGUACGUUCAAGAACAAAUCAUUUUAAGUUCACUAAGAAAUACACUCAAAAUAUUUUAAUAAAUAGAGAGACAUGAUUAACAACACCUGCAAACUUUGAAAAGCCAUCAGUGACUGAUUUUGUCAAGUACAGUGUGUUCCUGGACUUACGUCUUUUGCUUUCGAAACAAGCAUCGUCCAACUCCAAAACAAAAUGAUUAAUUAUAAUAAAACAUUUUUAGUCAUCAUGUU